AUGGAUUUACGAGAUACUAGAAUCCUUGUUGCAGUAGAUUUUGGAACAACUUAUUCUGGCUUCGCUUAUGCUCAUAAAGAGAACCCUGAAAAUGUUGUUGUGAAUAAUUCUUGGCCAGGGAGAGAAGGUGUGUUUAAAACACCCACAGCGCUUCAAUAUGAUGAAAGAUAUAAUAAAGUUAUAAGCUGGGGAUAUAAUGCAUUAGUAGAAGAACCUGAUGAAUUAGAAGAAAUAUCGGACGAUUCGGAAGAACAACGUUCGCGUCCCGUAGAAUUGUUCAAGUUACAUUUGUCAACGUUAGGUUGGAAAGAAAAACCUUGGUUACCACCCAGAUUCGGGUAUAAAAAAGCUGUUAAAGAUUAUUUAAGUAAAUUAGGCGAAUUGAUCAGAGAAACUAUUGAGAGACGAUGGCCGACUGUAAGCUUUCCUCGACAAGUCGAUUUCGUAUUUACAAUUCCUGCCGAAUGGCCUCCAAAUACAACCAAAAUCAUGAGAGAAUGUGCACACGACGCAGGAUUAUUGAGUUCUCUUAAUUCAAAUAAUAUCGAAUUUACUACUGAGCCCGAAGCUGCGGCACUUCACUGCCUUAGUGUCCUAAAAGAGCAUCACCUAGGCCCAGGGGAUUCCUUCAUAGUAGCCGAUUGUGGCGGUGGUACAAUUGAUUUAACAUCACGAAAACUUCUUCCAGGAAAUAGAUUAAGUGAAAUCACCGAACGUGUCGGUGAUUUAUGUGGUGGUUCAUUCGUAGAUAAAAGAUUUUUAAAAUGGCUUGGAAAGAAAUUAGGCGCUGACGCUUUAGAAGAAUUAAAAUCAAAUAAUUAUGGUCAAAUGCAAUAUAUAGUACAAAGGUUUUUUUGUCAGCGUAUCAAAUAUAAAUUUAAUGGAGAAAGAUCAGAAUAUAAACCUUUAAAAUUAAAUGUACUGCACUAUUGCCCUGAUUUAAACAGAUAUGUCACGGGAGCAUACAAAGAACAAAUGGAACAAGUUGGAUGGGUGUUAAAGGUUGAUUUUGAUUCCGUUAUAGAAAUGUUUGAUCCUAUCGUUACUCGAAUUGUUAAAUUAAUUGAUGAUCAAUUAAAAGGUUCGAAAGAAAAAUGUUCGGCAAUGUUUUUGGUGGGAGGAUUUAGUGAAUCCCCUUAUUUACAACGUAGGGUUAGGGAGGCUUUCAGCUCUAAAGUUCCCAUUAUCUCUGUACCAGCUUUACCAAUAGCAGCCAUAGUUCGUGGUGCCAUAACAUAUGGCUUUAAUAUCGAUAUUGUACAUGAUAGAGUAUUGAAAUGGACGUAUGGAAUUGAAGAACCUAACAAAGACAAGGCCUCCAGGAAAACGUCUGAUGGGCUAAUACUUUAUUUUCAUAAAUUGGCACAACGUGGUAGAAGUGUUGGAGUGGAUCAAAAAUUCACGACAGAUUUUUUUCCUACGAGAGCCAAUCAAGAAAUUAUCUCUUUUAAUAUAUAUUAUACUCCAAGAUACGGUGCGAAAUUUUGCGAUGAUCCGGGAAUGAAGCUAUUAGGGACCCUAAGGGUUAGAGCGACUGAUACUCAUCUAGGUUUAAAUCGACCUAUUGAAUUUUUGCUUGCAUUUGGUAAAAUGGAAAUUAAAGCUACCGCUAAAAAUAAAAGAACUGGUAGAGUUUAUAACGAGACUACUUUUGAUUUAGAUAUUUAA